AUGCUCUCUGAUCUGAAGGCUCUUGGCGUGUUCUUCAAGUAUUCUCCGAAGCGUCAGCGCACCAUGGAAGCAAGUAUGGAGGCUGAGAAUGCGAAGCGCAAGGCGGCAAACCAACCUCCCAUCAGAGCCCAGAAACUGAAGCUAUUAUGUGAGACCCGGUGGGUUGAACGGCACACUGCUCUGACGGACUUUAGAGAGCUGUACCCCGCUGUCGUCCACUGUCUGCAGGUGAUCUCCGGCCAGGUCGCCACGGCCAGCAAUGUGACGUACGACGGCAAGUCAGUGACGGAGGCGAAUGGUUUACUUCGGGCUGUGACUUCAGACGCAUUCCUCGUCGCUCUGAGCUGCAACAUCUUUCUCUUUGGCUUCACGAAGUGCCUGAGCGUUCUAUUGCAAGGAUCGCACAUAGACAUCCUCACAGCCUACAGUGAGAUCACCAGUGCAAAGGAGCUGCUGCAGGAUGUUCGCAUCAACAGUGAUGUCGAGUUUGCGACGAUCUACGCAGCUGCCAGCGAGCUGACCUCCCUCUUUGGCCAUGCUCAUCCAGAGCUUCCGCGCUUGGUGUCACGUCAAACGCUACGCAACAAUACACCAGCGCCGACGCUCGAGAUAUACUGGAGAAGAGCUGUGUUUGUUCCAUUCGUGGAUAGCCUGAUCGAGCAGCUCAAUAGCAGAUUCAGCGCCAUAGCAACAGCCGCAGUGCAAGGACUUCUGCUUCUCCCUGGAUCUGUCCAGUCCAUCACGAGCCAGCAGCAGCAGUCGAUCCUGGACACCUUUUCCCCCGACUUGCCGGAUUCUACUUACUUCGGCGUUGAGUUGCGGCGGUGGAAGAAGAAGUGGGAAGGCGUUGUGGUGGCACCAGAAACCAUCACAACGUUGUUGGACGCAGUCAACCCCACAGCGUACCCCAACAUCACCCGGAUCCUCCACCUCCUGCUCGUCGUGCCUGUGACAACGGCAACCGUUGAGCGCAGCAACUCUGCACUCAAGAUCAUCAAGACGGACUUGCACAACUCCAUGUCACAGGAGCGGUUGAAUGCGCUUGUACUGCUGUAUGUUCACAAGGCCAUUCCGAUCGACCAUGAGCGGGUGCUGGACAGGUUCGCUAAAGCCAAACCCCGUCGCUUCCUGCUGUCAGACCCGACUGCACCGGAAGUUGCUUGA